GCCUGCGUGCUCUAACACACCCUGAUUUAGCUCCACAUACUUUUGAGGCACUAAAUAAGUCUCAGUGAAAUAAUGUCCUGCAUGGGCCAAGUGAAUUUCCUGAUGAGGUGCGCAUAGAGGACUGCAGACUGGGCCAUUCCUCCGUGGUGCGUAAAGCUCUCUGGGUGUCUGCUGCGGGCUGGAUGUCCCUUCACAUGUCGGAUUUAGCUCUGCAGCAUUACUUGGUGGAUCAGCGGAUUGUCCGAAAAGCUGGUGCAGCAACUUUUCCCUGCAUAUUUCCCCCCCACCAGAAUAUGUCGUUGACCAACACAAAGACGGGCUUUUCUGUAAAGGACAUUUUGGACCUUCCUGACACAAAUGACGAAGAAGGAUCUAUCACCGGAGCGGAGGAAGACACGGAGGGAUCGGAGACCACGUCCACGACGAAAACCACUGGAGUUUUGGUGCAAAGUCCUCUAGAAAACGUUCAAAAUCUGCCUUUAAAGAACCCCUUUUAUGACAGUAGUGACAAUCCUUACACACGAUGGCUUGCUACUACGGACAGUAUUCAAUAUUCAUUGUUUCUCCCGUUUCUUGCCGCAGUGCACGGUCUAUCCGCCAGCUCUCAGGACUCGGCCAAGUCCCCGGAGCCGUCCGCAGACGACGAAUCGCCGGACAAUGACAAGGAAACUUCCAGCAGCGGCGGCAGUGACUCCGGCAAGAAACGGAAAAGGAGGGUGUUGUUUUCCAAGGCGCAAACCUACGAGCUGGAACGCCGCUUCAGGCAGCAGAGGUACCUGUCCGCCCCGGAGAGGGAGCACCUGGCCAGCCUCAUCCGCCUCACCCCGACCCAGGUGAAGAUCUGGUUCCAGAACCACCGGUAUAAGAUGAAGAGAGCCCGGGCCGAGAAAGGACUUGAAUUAUCUUGUAUAAAACCCACAGUCCGCUGCAGUCAGAUGGGCUGGAUGGGGGACAGCGCCAACUAUCAGGUUCCCAGAGUUGAGUGUUUAUGCCUUUCACUUAAUGGAUUGUCUCACCUUCUUCAGAGGAUGAACAUGAGGUGCUUGAGAUGCCAGCACUGCAAAUGGAUCCUGGGGCUUUGAGCCUCAUAACAACCCGCCAUCAUCUGUUUCAGACAUGCUUCAAUCAGCAUGCGUGAUGAUCAAAGAGCAACAAUGUGGCAGCGACGCGUUUUACCAAUUCAAGUUGCCUAAUUAACUUCCUGCUUAAAGAGGAUGUACAAAUAUGUGUAGCAAGUUGUGCCCCAUCAUGUGUUUGUGCACUUGUACCCUUGUGGUGAAUUUAUAAUGUGUUACGGAGCUAACUUCACUGAAUGGAAAAUAAAUGAAAACAGCUUCUCCGUGAUAUGUCUUUACGUGGACCUGCUUUGCUGAAUAGGUGCAGUAUUUCAACAUGAUCGAGCAAAGACUUUAUUGUACCACGUUCAGUCUUUAUGCUCCUUGCGAUGCGUAAGACGGAAGCAAUAACCUUCAAUUUAUUAUACAAUCCUCUGACCAUGAUUUAACCACACAAAGGCAAUGUAGUGCUACAAACAUCGUCCCAUCACUCCACUGUCCUUUCCUUGACACUGGAACUCUAAGGCAUGAAAUAAGCUCAAAUGAAAUAAAAAUCACAAUCCCCCCAAAGCAACCACUGAUGCCUGUAUGUCCUCGUUUCACUGUCAGCUGUCCAACACAGAGGGCUGAGUUCAUUAUAAAGGGGAGUAUAGUGGCUGCCAUUACCAAAGUACACCUGAGCAAGGCACAAAACCCCCCUCUGCUGCAGGGCCCCACUCGACCUUUCGGGCCCCUCACAUCAUGUGUCCAUUGCCACAGUUAAAAUCCUUUGGCAAGAAUUUUCCAUUGCUGCCCGGAUUGUGCAGUUUAUACUGAACUGCCAGGUCUUCCAUUACUGUCGGCAUUUUAAUAUAUUCAUUCUUAGAGCCUACAUUUUUACUUUGAGUCUUCACAAACAUAAAUAACAAUAAAUGAUUGUCUAUAUUCUAUUUUACAUCAUGUAUUUAUGUGUACUGUGCUCUUCUUUUGUAUUUUUACAAUGUAUUUAUUGUUAUUUAAAAUGAUUUAAACGUAUUUUUAACUUAUCUGUACCGCACUUUUGGCCAAAGUUUGUUGUUUUAAAAUGUACAAAUUGACUAGACUUGUUCAAUAAAAAAAAU